AUGGCACCGCAGGUGCGGUGCCUCUGUUAUCCGCCCCGCAUUAGUGCAGACCCAGAACCCUUGCGCUUGUACCGCUACACCACCCCAACGCCGAUUGGCGAGUUCGUUGUGCUCGUUGACGCCGAAGGGGCUGUGCGGUUGAGCAACUGGACGGACUGCGAGGAGUAUGCACUGGGACGACUGCGGCGCGCGUACAACCCGCGCGAAAUCGUCGUGCUGGAUGCAGCCGCAUUGACAACGGGAGGGGAAGCGGGCGAGGGUGCUGAUGCUGAUGUGCGCUCUUUCGCGGUACGGCAGCUACAGCGGUUCUUUGGUUAUCCUACAGUUGGCACAAAUGAAAAAAGCUGCGAGAACGGUGCAGGCAGUUUGCAUCAAGACGACAAUGUGCCGAUCCGCAUUCGGCAGCAGGAGCUGCACGCACUGCUAGCGGCCGUGAACGUGGAGCUUGCGCCGUCGACGCAGUUCCAGCAGGCAACGUGGAGGGUCCUCCGCGAGGUGCACUGUGGCGCAGUGACGACGUACGGCGCCCUCGCGGCACGCUGCCAGCGCCCCAACGCCAGCCGUGCUGUUGGGCAGGCGAUGCGGGAGAACCACCACUGCGUGUUUCUGCCGUGCCACCGCGUUGUUGGGGCGUCACGCGCGCUGACAGGGUUCAGCUCCGGGUUGUGGCGCAAGUCGUGGUUGCUGUGGCACGAGCAGGCGCCGUUGCCGGUGCAGCAGCUGCAGCACGCGGAGUUGGAGCUCAGAGUAUCACUCAAACGGCCCAGAAAGUAG